UACUGAUUUUUGUGUAUAUUUUCAAAUACGUGCCUCUGUGCAACCAAUUAGACAUUGAUGUGUGCGUGUGUGAGUGUGCGUGUGUGUGUGUGAGUGGGGAGCUGGCUCCCUGCUGCCAAAGCAGCAACCAGCCCGAUGGGCCAUUCCUUGUCGGUCAGUCGCCAGCGCCACGAGGAACGGGAAACGCGGGCCACCAACACCCACGGGAUAAAUAUUUAGAAAAAUAUUUCGAACCGCAUCGAACCGCCGACGAAAAAGCGAAAGUUGAGAGUUGAGACGCAAUUCAAUUUGGCCAAUAAAAAAACAACCAAAACAAUGACAUAGAUCCCCGAUUCGGGCCGAAGAAUAUCGCGAAUCUGUACGCGAAUUUGUAUUGUGCAGCAAAAACAAAAAAAAGGGGAAGUCGGACGCGUGCCAGGCACUGGGCGGGCGUUGACGGUUGACGCUGGCGUCGCAGUCGACGCUGACGACAUUUUGUUUCUUUUCUUUUCUUUUCAUUCUAAUUUUUCCUCGUUUUUCACUUUCCCAUGUUUUUGCCGGCUGUUGAUCGUGUCGUCGUGUCGUGGGCCUGUUGCCGGCAGAUCCGCUCCGAGCGGUUUCAGUUCUAGUUGGGUAUCUGGCGACGAGUGACACACCAAAGGCAGGCAGAAACGGAGACACAGACACAGUCACAGUCACAGUCAGAGAGGCAAAAUACUAGAAAGAAAGAAACAACGACAACGAAUAGCAAUAGGAAUUAGGAGCAACAAGAAUUUAGUUGUAGAUUUCGCUGAUUACACACACACACACACACACAGAGAGAGAUUUUCCGAUUUAUUAAAACAACAAAUUUGAACUGCAAUUAUUAGUCGAGUGACCGGGAAGACGCGUGACGUGACGUGACGUGACGUAGACGAUGCCCAAUAAUCGCAAUCGCAAUCGUAAUCGCAAUCGCAACAAACGCAAUCGAAACCAAAAUCAAAACCAAAAUCAAAACCAGCAGCAGGAGCAGCGGGAGGAGGAUACCCAGCCAGAGGCAACUUCUUCUUCCAUUGAUGAUAAUGGAAAUUCUGGCAGCGUUUCAAAUGGAUCGGCAACGGACGCUAACAGCAGCGAAAACAGCCACAAUGUUGCCGUGGAUCCACAGCUAGAGGUGAGGGAAGAGCCACCAAAAGAAGCAGCAGCAACGGAAGGCGAAGGCGAAGACAAAGAGAAAUCCACAAUAAACGCAGACCAAAACGAAACGGAAGCAGAGCAACCUCCAACGAGCAGCGAACCAACAGAAAUGGGUGCCAAAAACUCCAAGCAACAGUCGGAGAAAUCCGGCAAGCGAUCGAGCAAUGAGACGGAGCAGCGGGUGGAGCAGGCACCACUCAAGGCUCCGGGUAGUCCGCGACAAGCCAAGGUCAUAGUGCAUCGCAUUGUGCGGGAGGUGGAUGAGCAGCAGCAGCAGCAGCAGCAGCAGUCAAACACCAGUCCAGAACUAAAAGACGAAGAAGUCAAAGUGCCAGAAGAAAAGGAAGUUGUUGCUGCUGCUCCACAGCCGCUGCAGCGCAGCACAAAAGUGAUUAUCCAUCAGAUACGCGUGGAGAGGGAUGUGGAGCAAGCACCUAAAGGUAAGCCCACCUUCGAGGAGAUCAGCACCACGACACCAGCACCACCAGCUGCGCUGAGCCUCAGCACAGACGGCACAGGCGGCACACUGUCACCGCCGCCGCGCUAUCUGGUGGAGUCACCCAAGAACGUGUCUGGAGCCGGAGCUGUGGGACAUUUUGGGCACUUUGCACGCGACAUGCAGAUACAGGAGCUGGAGCUGGAGCUGAGCAGCGACUGCAGCUCCGGGGAGUUCAAUGUGCUGCAGUCGCCGCUGGUGUGCGAGGUGGACUCGGAGACGGAGGCAGCCGCCCCGCUGGAUCUGCAGCCGUCCAGCCGCGCCGAGCAACAGGAGCAGCUGCGGCAGAAGCGCGCCCAGAAACGGAACGCCCUGGAGUCGCACUUCUUGCCGCAGCUGAUGAACCCGCGCUACCUGGACAGCAUACUGGAGGAGAACAGCGAUCUGGCAGGUGUCGGACUGGCCGGCGGCCUGCAUCGCAGCAGCUCCUCCGGCAACGAUCAGGCGGGGAUGCGGCUCCACCCGAAGCUCACCGAAACGUUCCCCAAGAGCCAGCUGGACUUUAGCCGCCGCCACAAGCGCAGGGAGGAGCCGGUGGCCCUCAUGCUCGAGACGAAACUGAUUGAGGAGGCCAGCGACCUCGAGAGCUGCACCCGACUGCAGAGCGCACUGUCGCCGCAGUCCGAGGACGCGGAAUUGGUGUACCUCAGCUCCUCCGCCUCCAGCAGCAUGUCCGACCUGAUGGAGCUCGAGCUGGAGCAGGCCGCAGCGUUGGCAGAGCGUGCCCUGGUGGAUCUGGACACGGAUGCCAGCAAACUGUUCCGCAGGCCCGACGAUGAGAUGAGCAGCACGACCACAACGGACGCGGCCACGUCGUCGAACGAGACGGAAACGGAGGGGGAACCGGAGAUGGAAACGGGAACGGAAACGGAAACGGACACGGAGAGCCGCGAGAGCACACCUGUUAACCGGGGAGAGGGACUGGCAUCGGCUGGCAGCUCGUUGUCUUCGCUUUUGAGUGCCGCCACGCCGACGCCGCCCACCAGCGCAGAGCAGCCGCAGCCGCAGCUGCCGAGAGCAGAAGAUACAUUUGUAUCUUUCGAUUCGAUUCGCGAACAGCCGCCAGUCCGUGGCAGCAUCGGCAGUAUCGGCGCAGCGUCUACGCUGUCGGCCACGCGAGAGGAGUUCGUUCGCAACAUGGACAAGGUGCGCGAGUUGAUCGAGAUGACGCGACGCGAGGAGGAGCAGCAGCAAGGGGAGCCACAACAGACGAGUAUCGGUAACGGAGUGCCUGCUCCGGAGCAGUUCAAGCCACGUUCGCCCUCACCCUCGCCCUCACCCCCGCCCAUUCCGCCGCCACCCGCUGGCCUACAGCACUACAAUCCCAACAGUCCAACAAUCCACACAGUGUCCCUGCCGCCACUGCUGCUGAGUCGGCAGGAGUCUGCGGAGUCACACUGCUCGGACAGCACACAGCACAGCCAGUGCACGGCCAUCAAUUUGGCCUCGCCCCCGCCUUGCUUUGCCAGCAGUCCCCCGCCACAGACACAGCAACAGCAACAGCAACAGCCACCCACACCACCCCUCAGACAACAGCCGCAACAUGCACCACAAUUUCCUGUUCCUAAAUCCACUCCUGCUUCCACCUGCACCCACCCAGCACUUCCCCCAGCCCAGCAGCAGCAGCAGCUAGAGUCAGAGAUUUCAGUUGCAGAUGACGAACCGAAAGCAGAAGCAGAAUCGGAUCCCAUUAAGAAGCUGCGGCUGCUGUGCACCGAGACCUUGGCUUCCAUGCCGUAUGGUGAGCAAGUGCUCGAGGAACUAGCCAGCGUGGCACAGGAUAUAGCAGAGCCAGGAGCACACGAGCACCCACAGGAACCCGCGGCAGCCGCCACGAUGCCCUACCCACUGCCAGCAAUGCCCCACAUAAGGGAGCUGCAGCUGUCCACCAGCACCAGCAGGCACGAGAGCAAGUCCUCGUCCUCGUCCACUUCCGCUUGGCUGGGAAUGCCCACGCAGGCGGAUCCCAAGCUGCUGGUAUGCCUGUCGCCGGCACAACGUCCGCUGGUGGGUGAGACCAAAGCCGAUCAGCUGCUGGAUGAUCAUCAAAAGUUCGUGGAGCGUCGCGGCUACCAUGAACUGAGCAGCGCCCAAGUGCGUGCCCUCGACAACGAGCAGCAGGAGCAGCAGCAGCAGCAAAAGCAGAGCGAGAUGCUCAAGACGGCGGCCAUGAUGCGAGAGUUGCGCAAGAGCCUGACACCCACGCAAGAGCCACCGCCAGUGCCAGUGAAGAGCGCCGAAACAGCGGCCAAGGCGAGCGCCAAGAGAGAUGACGCAAGCGCCGAUCCGAAGAGGAACGGAUCGUCAUCGAGUGAAAAUAAACCAAGGCAAGCAGCUGAUCCCAGCGAGCACACAGAGAAGCAGCAGCAGCAGCAGCAGCAGACCCGAUCCAGCCAUCAAAUGAACAGCAGCACGGACGUGAGAUUCCCAGCCACCACCACAAUCGGUGGCAUGGAGAGCGAACUGGCCAAGAUGUUCCCCAGCAUGGCCCAGCAGCAGCAGCAGCAGCAGGGAGACAUCUUUGAGGAGCAGCGCAAACGCUUCUCCAACAUCGAAACGACAUCCAGCAGUCAGCCAAAGGUGCAGCAUCACACCAAGCGGUACUCGAACAUUGAGACCAGCUCGUACGAGUCGAAGAAGCGCACGGAGAAUGGACAGGUGAUCUAUGACAUUACGAAUUCCAGCCACGAGAGGCAGAGCAAUCUGCCGGCGGCUGAUUCAACCGAUCAUGCCCCGCCGCCGCCCAUCCCACCACCGCCAAUUAUGUCAGCAACGAAAUUAAACGGUUCGACUACGGCAAACACUUUCAUUGAGGAUGAUGACGCGACCAAAAAUAGCAGAGAGAGCGGCCAUGGGGAGAGCAAGAGCGGCGGCGGCACGUAUGAGGAAUUUCGGCAGCGUGCCAAGGCGGCCGUGGAUGCCAUUGGAGCACCCCGAGGGCCCCCCACCAACGGAUUGGACAAUGAGAAGGUGUUCAAGGACUUUGAUCGACUCUCGCAGCAGAUGAACGCCGAGCUCCAGUCAACGCGGGAGCGGCGCGAGAAGUCUGCCUCGCUCUUCGAUCUCAGCGGGAUGACGCGGGGUCAGGGUCUGGGUCAGGGUCAGGGCAAACACCCGCUGGAGGAGCUAAAGCAGCGUCGCCACGCCCACAUGCAGGAGCUGGAGCGAGAGAUUGAGCGUUCAUCGAGAUCCCGGCAGGAGCGCAUGAGCUCGGUGCCACGGAAUGUGGAGAGCACAGGACAAACGCCCCGUACCCACGAGAUUCCCAUCGAGCUGGAGCAGCAGGAGCAGCGCUCCCGUCGUGCCGAAUCCAUGUGCAACCUGAGCGAGCCACGCCCACGGCCACACACCUCCGCGGGGCACUACAAUUACAACAGCAGCGCGUCGCAGGAUGAUUGGUCGCAAUAUGCCAGCGAUCUGGGCUACUCGGAGAACAUUGCGCGACCCUUUGCCCGCGAGGUGGAGAUCUGCUACCAGCGACAGAAUCCCAGGCAGUCGCAGCCCAUACGUGCGCCACGUCUCUCGGCCAGCACCAAUGACCUGAGCAGUGGCUACCACCAGCAGCAGCAGCAGCAGCAGCAGCACAGCUUCGAUAGCUUCAACGCUUAUGGGGGACGCAGGACACACGCGCCCAUGCUCAGCCAGGCGCCGCAGCAGCAGCGUCCGCACUAUGCCAGCUGCUACUCGAUGAUCGAGCGGGAUCCCAAUCCGAAGUACAUCAGCACCACCUCCAGGCGGGGCGUGAGUCCGGGCCCCGUGCCACAGGCGAAUGUGUUGCCGCCGCCAGCCUACGACCGCCAGCAGCGGCGAUCCUCGUUGCCGCGGGAGCUGCACGAGCAGCAGCUCAAGUACAUCCUGUCCAAGGAGGAGGAGCUGCGCCUGGAGGUGGAGCGCCUGCAGCUGGAGCGUCGCCGGCUGAUGGAGGAGAUGCAGCGGGCGCCGGUUUUGCCGCCGCCGCAGCGACGGGAGAGCUAUCGGCCGGCGGCCAAGCUGCCGACGCUCAGCGAGGACGAGGUCUUCCGCCAGCAGAUGGCCGAGGAGUGGAUGAACAAGGUGGCCGAGCGAGAGGAGCGCCGCCAGCACAAGAUCAUCAAAAUCUCCAAGAUCGAGGACGAGCAGGACCAUGCCACAGAGCGGUCGAACAUCAGCGACGAGUUCCUCAGCGCCGUCAAGGAGCGACGCCACAAGCUGGCCAUGCCCGCGGACAGCGACUGGGAGAGCGGCGCCGAGUCCCAGCCCCAGGCGCAGGCGCAGGCGGGAGUCGCCGCCAGCAAUGAGUCGGAUGCGGAGGCAGCGCCCGUGCGCAUACUCGAGGGCCAGGCGGAGGCCAGUCUGCGGCAGCUGCCGCGGCAUUUGCGCGAAUUUGCCAAGUUCUCGACGAGCGAACAGCUGCCGGAUGGGGCGCAGGUGGAGCGGCACGAGGAGCAGGAGAGGCGCGAGGAGGCAACGGACAACACGCACAGCAGCGCCAGCCACAAGACGAGCAUCGUGAAGACGUACAAGGUGUCGCGUCUGCCGCCUUCCGUCCAGGACAGAGGAGCAACAGCAACAGCAACCGCAACCGCCACAGAGACUGCACCGGCCAUGAGUGUAAGGCUGCGACCACGACCGCCCAAGCAGACGCGCUUCCUACUCAAUCCGCAGCAGCUGCAGCGUCAGCGGCAACGGCGCAGCUGGUCCGAGAGCGAUCUGCUCAAGGAGAUUGACAGCGAGCUGCAGCUGGCCAAGGGCUUCCUCUAUGCGAAUGUCUACAAAGUCAAGCACGAGUAUAUGAGCGAACCGGAGUCGGACAACGAUCGUCCGCGCAAAAUGGCACAGUUAGGUCGAAGGCAAUACGAUGGCAUCGGUCCGGUGACCAACGAUGGAAUGCCCAUCAUACUCAGAUCGGAGGUCCAGGAGCCGCAUCAGCAUGAGUGGUACAAGCGCCUCUAUCAGACCAUACACAAGCAGAAGAACGGCGAUGAUUUCGUGAUACGCUACAAGUGUCCCAGAGCCCGUCCGUCGUACAAGAGCAACGGUUACGUGUCCGAGCCCGAACCCAACUACGACUCCGACUACUCCACGGUGAGAUAUCGCACACAGAAUCCGCAUCGUGUGCAGUCCGUCUCCUCGGCUGUCAAUGUGCGCAACCUGAGCCAGGACGAGAAGUUGUAUGGUACUAUGCCAAAUCCGAUCAAGUCGGCUCAGAACUCAUAUAAAAAUCAGCCAGGCCGCAUCGAGGACUACACCACAGGACAUUCGUCCGUGUCCGAAAAGGAGAAGAAGGAGAACUUAGAACAAUCGAAACUAUCUCCGCUCUACACAGAAGGCAACUUGUCCAGAGCUCUGGCCAAGGAAUCCGGCUACACCAGCGACUCGAACCUAGUCUUCCGCAAGAAGGAGCUGCCCGUCAGCAGUCCCCUCAGUCCCGUGGAGCAGCGGCAGGCCUACAAGAGUCUGCAGGCAGGCGGAGAACCGCCACUCUUCGGCUUCCGCAAGCCAGCGCCCGAGAGGCCCAGAGAAAUUGUGGAGGAAUUCGAAUUUAUACAGAUCACUCCGACCCUCACCAAGAUACGUGUGAGCACCAAGGAGCUGCAGGAGGACGAGCCCACAGUGCCCAGUCCAGUGAUUACUCAGCCACCACCUCCGCCACCUCCUCCGCCUCCUCCGCCGCCAGCAACAAGCCACAAGAGCAGCAGCGGCAGCCCCAAGAUGUUCUCGCAGCUGUCGAAGACUCUGCCCUCGUUCAUUCCGAUGAGCAAGAAGCAGCAGCAGGAGCAGCUAGCACCUGCCCCAUUGCCACCCAGUCGCAAGUCCUCCUGCACCAAGAGCACGGUGCGUGUCUCGAGCUCCACCAAGUCCCGCCACGAGCAGUGCUUCCAGCCACCGGGCGGAGGAACCAUCACCCUGAGGAAGGUCGCCACCUCGUCAAGCAGCUCGCGCCGGGAACCCAUCUCUAGGUCCAAGUCCGCUGGUGCAGUCUCCACCCUGUUGGCCACCCUCACGGCCUCCACCAAGGAGACGCGCCAGAAGGAUGGCGGCACCUGUCGCGUCACCCGAGUACAGCAGCAGUCGCGUCUCCGCUCCGUGAGUCCCAGCCGCCGUCCGGUUCGGGUGCUGGCCCUGCGCCAAUCGAGUCGCAGUCCGGUGGCCUUUGGGCGGAGCAUCUCCAAGGAGCGCAGCUUUGCCGAGGAGAAGAAGCGGCUGGAGAACACGCUGCCCCCCAGCCGGACCAACUUUGAGGCCAGCACCAACAUCCUGCGGGACCCGUUCCUCAAGUCACCGCAGGAGGUGCGCGAGGCGGUGCGCUCCUAUGCCACCUGCAAGGCGCAGCACACGCGCAGCAAGUCGCUGCCCCGACUGCGCCAGAGCCAGAGCCAGAGCACCGUGAGCACCACCACCAGACAGACGAUGUGCUUCCCCCAGGUGCGCCCCCAAACCCUCAUCGACUGCGGCCGAUCCCUGCGCAAGGUGCUGCCCAAGAACCAGGCGAAGAACGCCUCCAACGACAGCCUGCCGCGCAGCAACUCCACCUUCUCCAUCGACUCGAUGGGCAGGCAGGAGUACGUGCCGAUUGCCCCGCCCAAGAUCUAUGUGGGCAAGGCCAAGCCCAGCCCCAGCCCCAAGUCUAAGUCGCUGGUUCCACUCCAGAGCAGCCGCAGCGAGGGCCAUGUGCCGCGCAAGCGUCAGGUGGGAAAGCCGCCCGCCUCCAGCAACCCCAAAGCGAAGCAUCCGCCCGUGUCCGUGCAGUCGUACAGCGACACGGUGCGCGAGAAGACGAACUUCUGGAACGACUACAAUGCCAAGCAGUCCGUCUCCAUGUCCAUGUCCAUGUCGCUGCCACAGCAGACGGAGUACAAGUACUGCUCCCUGGAGCCGGAGGAUGUCUACGACUAUGCUGGCAGCGCACAGGCUCAGCCAGCGAGCAGCUGCAUCGAGGAUCUGGUGUGGAAGUACGAGAACAAGGAUCGCGAUCGCGAUCGCCAUGCCAAGCCAUGCCAGACGACAGUCACGGACAUUGCCCGUCCCCAGUCGCCACAGCCGGACUAUGAGAAGUCCCUGGAGCGCCGUUUCUCGCCCACGCGGGAGGUUCGAGUGCCCCAGAAUCAGAAUCAGAGCCAGAGCCAGAGCCAGAACCAGAGGGAGGUGCGCUCUCCUUCGCGUCGUCGCAUCGACAGUCUGAGAUCCAGCCAGCGGCAGGACAGGGAACAGGCCAUCGCCCGGGCCAGCAGUCUGAGCAGCGCCGAUGAUCGCAGCAAGCGAACGGCGCAGCCGGGAAGCCUCUACCAGUGCGGGGAUCUGGCCCACAGUGCCACCUCCCUGACGUAUCUGGAGCGGCACAGCCCCAGCUGUAGGUACCGCAACAACUGCGAGCGUUUCACGGAUCUGAAUCGAUUCUACAGCACCCUGGAGCGGGUGGGGCAGCUGGAGAGAGCCACGUCCUCGAGCAGCUUCCAUCCCUUGCGCAAGGACGCCGAGUUGCUGGCCUUUGACGAGUGGCGCAAGGUGCGGCUGCACGAGCGGGCCGAGAAGGAGCUGCAGUAUUUGGUGGGCAAACUGCAGCACGAUCAGCGGGAGCGGGAUCUGCACUUCCGCUCCAAGGAUGUGGGCGAGAUCAAGUGGCGCCAGGAGGCGGACCAGGCGCUCAGCACCAAGAAGAAGUCGGUGGAGGAUCUGCGCGAGAACUUUGAGCAGUUGCAACUCUUCAGGCAGCACCAGCUGGAAUGCCAGCUGCAGCCGGUGCAGCCGGCGCAGCGCCACUGGAGACGCAACACCGUGGCGGAUCUGGCCAGCAGCCUGGAGCAGCGUGUGGUGAGAGACGACACCGAGAUGGACCGACACCUGGACAACGAUCUGGUCAGCACUCUGUCCAAGGAUCAGAUCAAGAAGAUCACGCAGCAGCUGAACGAGAUCUAUGCCGGGGGUGGCAACCGCAAGGGCGCGGCUGUCGAGGAGCAGUAUGUGGUCACCGUGGAGAAGGGCUCCGCCAAGCCGGGCUCCCAUGCCCACACCCUGAAGGUGCGCUGCAACUCGAACAUCUCCAAGGAGCAGCUCCUCGGACCCGUUCUGCGCAAGCGCGAGGAGCAGCAGCAGGCGCAGACGCAGACUCUGCCACGUCCCACGCGCAGCCAGUCGCCGGUGGUGGUGGCCAGGGAGACGCGCGGUGCCAUUGCGGCCAAGAAUGCCGAACUCACGCUGACCAGAGCCCCCGAUGUGCCGCCCCGUCCAAAGCCCAGCGAGGUCAAGGGCCAGGCCAAGACUGCAGCUCCCCCGAGGGUUGUGGAGCAGGAGCCGGCGGAGAACAUUGUCCAAAAGAUACAAUACUUUGAGGAUAGACAGUUCGAGGAGCCGGCCAAGACCAUCUACCACGCUCGCGAGGACUCCUCGCCCGACGAGGCCGAGGUGAUGCGCCUCAUCGAGCACAACAUGCAGGCGCGCCAGAAGGCCCGGAACCAAGCCCAAGUGCUCACCCACACGGAGCUGAGCAACUCGCUGACGGAUCUGAGCGGCGUCUAUGGGGAGCGACCCGCUGCACGGGUAAAUUUUCACUUGCACAGCCCCCCGCUGCGCCCGCCCGACGAGGCGGAGGCAGAGGCAGAGCUGCUCAGCUUCGAGAAUGGUUCGCCCGGGCCAGGAGACGCCAGCCUUGAGCUGUACGACAGAGAGUCCUACUACCGCUCGCGCAGUCUCUCGCCCCAGUCUCAGGUGUCGGCCUGCUCGAGCUCCUAUCUGCAGCGCGUCUACACGGGGGAGGUGCAGAAGAUGCGGCAGCACUUCGAGGGCAUCCACCGGGAGUCCAACGAACAGUCGAACGAUUUUUUUGGGCUUAGCCCGCUGCGGAAGGCGCGCAGCGAUCCCGAAUUUAGUGCGGGAUCAAAAGACGCCUCGGGCAACGCUACGGAGGCGAAGCCGCAGAAGGAACCACAGCAGGAUCAGCAGCAGGAUGCCCACAAGUUCGAGUUGCGCAGGGCCACACCCUCGCCGGAGCGCGGUCGCCGGCGCCAGCGCAGCGCCCAGGAUCGUCUCAUGCCGCACAUCGAUGUCAUCAGCAAGACGGCGGCCCUCAAGCGGGAGCUGGCCCCACGGAGCGCCCUGCGCAGCCUCAGCAGCAGCAGCAGCAACUACAUCGAGCGUCUGCGCAUGCGCUACGAGUCGCCAGAUCCCGCCGAUAGCCAAACGCGGACCAUCAGCCAUCUGUCCACGUCGCAUCCGGAUCUGCGGGAUGUGCACGAUAUCUCGCCCCACCUGUGCGCCGACUGGGUGGCCCACAAGCACCCGCAGCCCAUCGACCAGCCACGUCCGAAGCUGCCCAAGGCUCUGCCCAAGAAGCCGCAGCGCGUGACUCCGCGCGCCAGUUCUGCCUCGCCACCCCGUCCGCACAGGUCGCCGCGUCACCAGCAUAGCCGCCAGCAGACCAGCUCCCUGCGCAGCAACUAUGACGACAUCUUCGCCAAUCAGAAGUUCGAUCCGAGAAUGCAUCGCCCCAAGGCACGCUACGUUCCGGAUGGGGCAGAACAAGCCAGGAGGAGCCCUGCCUCUGGCGGCGGCACCACCACCUUGGAGCGUCUCAAGAAGACGAUGGCGGUAACGUUUAAAGACGUCAACAUUCACUUCAAGACACCGAUAAGGCAUGAGCAGAAGCAGUACAUACCGGAGGAGGAACUAGCCACACGCCAAGCGGAGCAUAUGCAGAAGCUCUACCACGAGGAGCGACGCCGCAAGUAUCUACAGGAGCUGCAGGACAUGAACUCUCGACGCCACACGGACAACUUUACGCCCUCGCAGAAGUCACCGAUCGCCCUCAAUCGCUACGAUGACUUCCCCACCGACGUGACGCUCAAGUCGCUGGUGGGUCCCAAAACAGUUGCCCGUGCCCUCUACAACUUCCAGGGACAGAGCUCCAAAGAGCUCUCUUUCCGCAAGGGCGACACCAUCUACAUAAGGCGGCAGAUCGAUCCCAACUGGUAUGAGGGCGAACACAAUGCGAUGAUCGGACUGCUCCCAGCGAGCUAUGUGGAGAUUGUGAGCCGCGAUGGGGCACGCACUCCGUCCAAGCGGCCAUCGGAGGGCCAGGCUCGUGCCAAAUACAACUUCCAGGCCCAGUCGGGCGUCGAGCUGUCCCUCAACAAGGGAGAGCUGGUCACGUUGACGCGUCGCGUGGAUGGCAACUGGUUCGAGGGCAAGAUUGCCAACAGGAAGGGCAUAUUCCCAGUGUCCUAUGUGGAGGUGCUCACUGACAUUGGAGCCGAGGAUAUUGCGGCCAGAACGACGACCGUGAUCAGCAGCCAGAGCACCACGAAUCUGCGGCCCAAUCUGGAUGUGCUGCGCACAAACAUCAACAAUGAGUUCAACACGCUGACCCAGAAUGGAGCUCAGCCCGUGAACGGCAUCCUGAAGGAGACACGAACGCUGCACAAGACGGACGCACUCCACGUGGACACCAGCUCGGAGCCACUGGCUUAUCGCGCGCUGUACAAGUACCGGCCGCAGAACUCCGAUGAGCUGGAGCUGCUGGAGGGGGAUCUGGUGCAUGUGCUGGAGAAGUGCGACGACGGAUGGUUCGUGGGCACCUCGCAGCGCACCGGCUGCUUUGGCACAUUCCCCGGCAACUAUGUGGAACGCGCCUAAGGCGGAGCCAUCGAGACGGGUGUGGGACACCCGAAUACGAGUACCAAAAUACCCAAACAAAAAAAAAUCGUUCACCUCUAAUCUUAAUGAAUUUGUAGUCUAAUACCGAGGGAGUAAUGUGGAAUAACCGAAGCCAGGCCAGGCCAGGCCAGGGCAGGGCAGGGCAGCUGGACACACGGAGGAAGUUCUAAGAUUAAUUAUGAUUUGAUUUAACUGAAUUACUUUAUGUUGUUGUUGAAUUCUUCUUAUUUCCCUAAUACUGUUCUCCUGCUUGCUUUGCGUUUGCCGUAACGUAAAACUAUUUAUUUAUUUUUAAACAGAGCAUUAAUUUUAUCAAUGUUGGAAUUAUGUUUAUUUAUACUCGAACACAACACACCACACCACACCACACCACACACAAUAUUAACUAGAGAACCCUGACAGCACACCAACGCCACCAGCACCCCCACUCUCUCCCAACAAAUCCCAAUAUCAAAGAGAACUAAAUUAAGAUCAUACAUGCAUAUGUACCCUUGUCGUUUACCUACUAAUUUUAACUAGUCACAGAUAAUUUCCAAAAAAGAAAACCAGAACACAAUGAUGGAGAACCGUUGAACUACAAAAAAAAAACAAGUGCCUUAAAGUUGAAAGUUUAAUGACUAAAAAUGAAGUUAAACUAAAUUAAUUAAAUGAAGGAUGGAAAAUGAAACAAACACAAAGCUGCAAUAUGCUAUGAACCAAGUGCCUCUGUUGAGUCGGAGUCAAAAGUGAGUCAAGUAGCAAACCAAAAUAUUCUCAAGCCGAUUCAACAGAUUUAAUCAUUUAGUUUAAUCAUUACAAAACGAGCGUUUAUUACACAGACACUGUUGCAAGCGUAUUUAGUACAUAAAUAAAUAAACAAAAAAAC